UCUCUCGAGAGCAGUUCUCCGGCUGGGAUCUCUAGCUCCCGGAUCACAAUUUGCUGAAAAACAUGGAAGAAGAAGAAUACGAACAGAUUCCCCAGGACAAUCCUCCAGGAGAACUGUCCCAGGAUCCUACAGGAGAGCUGUCAGGAGGCGAGAGGGAGAAACAACAGUCCCCAAGGAGACUGCGGCUCCUGCUGGUGGGGAAAACCGGAAGUGGGAAAAGCGCCACAGGAAACAGCAUCCUUGGCCGGGAGGUGUUUGAGUCCAAGCCCAGCGCCAGACCCGUGACCAGGUCCGCCCAGACAGGGAGUCGGGAGUGGGAUGGGACGGAACUUGAGGUGAUCGACACGCCCGACAUCCUGUGUCCGCGGGGACAGCCGGGCGCGGCCGCCGUGUGCCAGGUUCUCGCCGCCUGCGCCCCGGGGCCGCACGCCGUGCUGCUGGUGACCGAGCUGGGCCGCUUCACGGAGGAGGACCUGCGCGCCGUGACGCGCCUGCGGGAGAUCCUCGGGGAGGACGUCCUGGCUCACACCGUCCUGGUGUUCACCCGAAAGGAGGACCUGGACGGCGGCUCCCUGGACAGGUACCUGCAGGAGACCGACCACGAGGGCCUGGCCCAGCUGGACUUGGAGUGCUUGUGGCGCCACUGCGGCUUCAGCAACCGGGCCACGGCCGCGGAGCGGGAGGCCCAGCUGCAGGAGCUCAUGCGCAAGGUCGAGGAGAUCGUGUGGGAGAAUGAGGGCUGCUGCUACCGCAGCGCGGCUUAGCAACGCGCCCGGCAACGCCCUCUGCUCAAAGAAGUGCAGCAGAGACAGCCAGCCCAGGGCCAAGGCGAGUCCCGGCUGGAAGGAAGGGCUGUGCCGGAUUCAGAGGAAUCAGAAAAUUCACCAGCGCCUGCUAGGGAGGGUUGACCCUUUGAGCCUGUGCUGGACUUGAGCCGGGGACUCCCUCAGCCCCUGCACCCCUGUGCCCGACCCCUGUUGCUCUCUCUAUUCCUUGGAGCGCUGCGCAGUCUCCAGGCCAUAGCGUCUGGCGUGGUGAGAGAGGAAGGGGGCUGGAGGAUGGGGUCCAGAGUGCCCAGCUCACAUCCCAGGUCCUUCAUUCCUUCUUCCAGAACAUUUGGGGCCUCCCCGCUCUGUGCUCCAGAAGCAUACUGCCCGCAUAUGGGGCCUUCCAUCUCAUGGUAUUGCAUUUCUUGGGGGUACUUGUCUGUGCCAUGAUAGAACGCAAGCUUCUUGAGGGCAGGCCUGUGUCUUUUUCUUCCUUGUGACUCCCACAACUUCCUGGCCAAGGUUGACCCAGCAACUCGGUGUGAGCCAUUGACCAGGUGACUUUGCAGCUCUUGCCCUUGCCUGCGAAGGGAGCAGGCACAGUGACUGUUAAGGCGCCUUCUGUGUCCUUUGGGUAGAGUUGGCGGUGCCUCUGAGACGUGGGGAGGAAGGGAUCCUGGGCUGGGGAGGAGAGGGAGCAGGAACAGGGAAGGGGCAGGAGGAGCAGCCCUUUUAUUCACUCUUCAACAGUCACAAGCAAGUCCCCUGGGAGCUUCCUAAUGGCAAAGAUGAGUAAAGUCAGGGGCAGGGUAUUCAGCAAGGCAGGCCCUGGUCAAGAAGGUGGACCCCAGCCCUGGCUACAGGACAUGGAGGCCCCUAGAGGUGCCAGGUGGCUUACAUUGAGGAGGGCGUACAUCUGGUACUUCCCCUUCUCCCUGAGCUGCAGGGCCCUGUCGCCAUGUCUGCCUUCUGGUGUCAGAGGCGAAGCUACUCUCAACCUGCCUCCUCUUGCCUGCAGCCCCACCCUCUCCCUUGGCAGUGGGGAGAGUGUGGGUGGGGUGAGUGUCUGAGUGGGCCAGUGGGGUCCCUGGCAAGUAUUUGUGGGGGCUGAAUGGGAGGAGACAGGGAUGAAAGGUGCAAAGAAAGCAGUUGAAUGACUUAAACAUCUUGUGGGGCAGCUUGCAUGGUUUAUGGGAGAACUCUGCAGCCCAUGGGUGUCUUCCUGGAAGGCUGUUCCUACAGACAGGGCCCAUAAAAGCAAUACUGUACAGAAUGGAAAGGGAACAGGAUGUUAGCCUGGCUCUGGCCUCAGAUAGGAAGCUGUCUGCCUGUGUGAGGAAGCUGAUGCACCUCAGAUGCACCUCAGCCUCUUUGAGGUUCAAGAUGUUCCUGGGAAGUUUGAUUAAUGGAUGGGAGGAGGAUAGGAGGAAGUGGGAAAAUGCCUCCUAAUAUAGCCGUCUUCAAGCUGAGUGGCAGAGGAUCUCUGUGUAGAUACCUUCUCCUGGGAGGGAUGGGAAGUGGAGGUGGUGGUGACCGUGCUGGGGGACGGUCAGAAAUCAAGAGGACGCAGCGUCAGAUCUGUCUGGAUGCUCAUCUGCUGUCUGACAUCCUGCGGCCUCCCGCUCUGAAGCCCACCACCCGUCUUCCCCAGACGCAGCAGACGCCUGAGAAAGCUUAAGUAUUUCUUUUGCUGAAAGAUUCAGAAAAGUGUCUCAAAGCAGAACAGAGACAUAUUUUGGUGUAUGCUAAGAUAGCCUUUGUACCACAACCAUUUAUUAAAUAAGUGAUUGAUUGCUCACUGAACUGAAAAUGCAACAUUUAUCAUGUAUUCAAUUCUCAUACUCCCUAAGAUUUAUGUCAGAAUGUUCAUUUUAG